UGCUCCAGCUUGCAGUUACUGGAACUCCCUGCAGGACCUCCUGCCUUAUUUACUGCGCCCUUUGAGCAGUUCACGUCGCGGGGCGGAAACCCAACUAUGCGGGGAACAUGCAGUCUUUUUUGCGCGUGGAGUCUGCUGUUCUUGACAGAGGUUUGUGCGCAGGCCCAGCGGAGACCGACCUUCACAUGCGGCGGAAACAUUACAGGGGACUCUGGAGUAAUCGGGAGCCAAGGGUACCCAGGAGUUUACCCUCCAAAUGCCAAAUGUGUGUGGAGAAUCACAGUACCAGAGGGAAAGGUGGUGGUCCUGUCAUUCCGCUCUAUCGACCUGGAGAACGACAACCUGUGCCGCUACGACUAUGUGGAUGUCCACAGCGGCCAUGCCGGCGGGCAGAGACUUGGUCGCUUCUGUGGGACGUUCAAGCCGGGAGCUCUGGUUUCCAUGGGCAACAAGAUGCUCCUGCAGAUGGUAUCUGAUGCCAACACAGCUGGCAGCGGCUUCCUGGCUGUUUUCUCUGCUGCCCACCCGCAUGAAAGAGGGGAGCAGUACUGUGGAGGCAGAUUGGACAGGCCUUCUGGGACUUUCAAAACACCCAACUGGCCCGAGAAGGACUAUCCAGCUGGAGUGACCUGCUCCUGGCACAUCGUGGCACCAAAGAACCAGAUUAUUGAAGUCAAGUUUGAGAAGUUUGAUGUGGAAAGGGAUAACUACUGCCGCUAUGACCACGUCUCCAUUUUCAAUGGGGCGGAAAUCAACGAUGCCAAGAGGAUUGGCAAAUAUUGUGGAGACAGCCCCCCCGCGCCAGUGUUCUCAGAUGGGAACCAGCUCCUCGUCCAGUUCCUGUCAGAUCUCAGUCUCACCGCAGACGGCUUCAUUGGACACUACAAGUUCAGACCGAAGCAAUUCUCCAUCACCACGAUGCCACCCACCACCACCACACAGCCGGUAACCACCAGGCCCAUACCUCUGAAGUACUCUGUAGCUCUCUGCCAGCAGAAAUGCAAAAGGCGAGGAACGCUUGAGAGCAAUUACUGCUCCAGCCAUUUUGUAAUAACCGGGACAGUCAUCACCGCAGUGACGAGAGAAGGAAGUAUGUACGCCACUGUCUCUAUUCUCAACGUGUAUAAAGAAGGCAGUCUGGCCAUCCAGCAGGCAGGAAAGACCAUGAGCACCAAGAUCAUUAUCCUGUGCAAGAAGUGUCCAUUUAUCAGAAGAGGCUUGACCUACGUCUUCAUGGGCCAGGUGGAGGAGGACGGCCGGGGGAAAAUCGCCCCCCAGCACUUUGUUAUGGCGGUCAAGGCGAAGAACCAGAAAGGACUCAAUGUCCUGAAAAACAAGCGUUGCUGAGUUCCACGCGGCGCGGAGGAUUUUCUACGGGACGCGUUGGCCGAUGCUCCGCUGCGGAUGGAAACAGUUGAGCACAAAAUGGUUCCUCCAAUGUCGACAACACGAACGCAGGCCAACGACAAAACUCAAUCUGGAUGCAGAAUAAAACAUGAAAUCGACAGUAUUAUUUUAAUUAAGCGGAAUUUUGAUUUUUGUAUUUAUUCAUUUGGCUGCAAAUCACUUUUUUUUUGAGUAAUCCAGAAGACAUUAAACACUUUUACUCUGUUUUAUUAAGAGACCAGUCGGUUAGUCUGUUGAUCAACCUCAGAUUAAUAAGCAACAAAAUGAGUUUUUUCAACACUAUUCCACAGUCCAUUCUUACUCUGCCUUCUCACGUUCCUCCUAUGACCAUAGCAGGGAUUUAACAGGAACCCUGAGUAUCGAGCGUAGUAGCUCACAGAGACGUGCUUCAUAAAACAAACAUUAAUCAGAUUGUUUAAAACCACCAGUGUACACAUCUGUCCUACGAUGGCACUAUUCAUUUCAUGCUUUUCCACAUUCUGCUUUUCCCCUCUGAGUCUGUGAACAAACAGUGGGAUUCAUUUAGUAUGCAUUAGAUAAAUGUAGUCUCUUAUUUCCGAAGCCUGGUGUUGAUAGGGGACUGUUGUGUUUUUAAUAAUAACAGUCUGGAGCUCAAUUUGUGAGUUAAACUUUAAAGGGCAAAAUUCAGAAGUUUUCAAGCGAUGGUGAAAAGUGCAAUAUUGAAUAUGCAUGUGAUUCUUUCUAGAAGAUUCUAUGCUGUUUUAUGUGAAACAAAUGAGGAACUCCCUAUAUAAAGCCCCUUUCCUUUAGUCAGUUUGCAGAUGCAAGCACCGCUAUCAGCACACAUUUACAGGUUUUAUAAAAUGAAAAUAUUUUCAUAUGAAAAAGUCUGUGAAUACUAUUUAUAUUUUAUUGUUUUCAUCUUGCCAAAUAAAACUCCUUUAACAUGC